AUAGAGUUCGCCAGCUUGUUGUCCUAAAACCCGGAAAUUAGUUACCUCGUUCGUUCAACCAUCUCUAUGAUAAAAAUGAACGGGGAAAGAGCUUUGGGAUAAACGCCGAAAAGAAGGUUAACGCAGGCGUAGGAGAUCUUAUACGUUUUGUUCUAUGAAAUAAUAGCAGUCAGCUAACAUGACCUUUGAAUUAUUAAGCCUUUAUGUGCUUAUUUUUAUUACAUAAAUUCUUCAAAAUUCACAAAAAGGGACGUUAGCUGAUGAAGAUGAUCUCCUAGAACAAAACGUAUAAGAUCUCCAAAGCCUGUGUUUACCACAGACCUUAUUUUCAGCGUUUAUCCAAAAACGCCAUUAAUUUUCCCCAUAGACUUUGUCCAACGAGCCAUGGCGGAGUUAGUGCCUCCAAAAAAAACAUUACUAUUUAUCUCUAUAGAUCUAUGGCAGAUCAUUGCCUGACAUGGGCAUAUUAAGUUAUUAAUAUUUUAUUGGAAAUAGAAUAAAUUGACACACCAUUUAUUUCUCCGUGUGUCUCGCUCUCUCCCUUUCCAUAUCCCUCUGUCUGUCUCUCUUUGUCUCUAUCUCUCUCUCUCCCACCCUCUCAGUGAGUUCUGACACAACCCCCCAUUCCCAUGGCCUCUGCCCUGAGCCAUCUCUCUCCAAUGUCUGGAAGAGAGAGAGAAGGAUGGAGUGAUGGAGGAGGAGAGGACCAGGUGGAGGAUGAGUUUGCGUGUUCCGGUGCGCUACGCGGAGCCCUACUGUCCUUCCACCCCUCCCUGGAGAGGAUAUUUGGGGUGUCCUUUAUGAUCGGGAGAGAGGAGGAUGCUGUGUUGCCACAUGAUGGACAGAUCUGGCUUAAACUAACAGGAGGAAGGAACGACGUUGUGGCUGCCAAAUUGUUUGUUAAGGGAGUUGUGAACCAGGAGGCCCCGCAGGAGGUUCCGUAUCCAGGGGUUCUUCACUGUGUGUUCUGUGGAGCACGGGGGCUGUUCAUGGACUGCCUGAUCAGAAACACCUCUGCUCGCAUAGUGGUGGUUUCCCCAGGCUUCCUGCUCAUCUCAGGUCUGGCAGAACCAGUGGUCAGGGCCUACUCCCUGAUCACAGACCUUGUGGAGCGCUCCAAGGGCACCCAGGGACAACUCAGCGAGCCUAGUGACAGGACAGCAGGCGAGACCCUGGAUUCUUGUCGGGCCUUCAAGUCCCUGGUGGAGAGAUGGGAUGACAGGCACACUCUGGACCUGCUAGUGCUACCGGGAGCAGUGAAGGAGACUUUACUGGAUCUGGUGAGGGAAUCUGGGCUGGGAUCUAACACUGGUCCCGGGGGCUUGAACCCGGGUCAUGGGGGCUCAAACCCAGGUCAUGGGUGUUUAAAUCCCGGUCCAGGGCUGGGCUUGAACCUUGGUCUUGGGGGGUCUAGAGACGGAGUGGGUCUAAUGGACACUGAUACACAGAGACUAUGGGACAGCCAAUACGAAUUAGAGGCACUAACACUUAUGGAUAGCAGAAUAGGGACCAGAGCUGGAGAGGCAAGGGACAUACAGGAAGUGCAGGGGAUUUCAAUGACCAAAUCAACGACCAAACCUUCCGAACAUUCCUACCACAACCAAGACCUUGGUCUACGGAAUAUUGAACAGUUUUCUCAACAGACGUUCACUACCGCACCUGUAAAAGGUAGAGAGGGAAGCAGAUAUGGGACACACGGAGGGAUAGGGAUUGGGAACGAAGCAGCCCCCCGAGAUCCCAUCUUCCACUCUUUCCCCCAAAACGAAGACAUUCGUGGUCGAGCCGAGGGGUCGGAGGAGGCAAAAGAGGUACAAGGGCAUUCCCCACAGGAGGUAAAGGAGGAGGGACACCUGGAAGAGGAGGAGGAGAUGGAGACAGAGGAGGGAGAAGGGAACAUGUUGUCAGUAGGGAGCAAGGAGGAGUUUGGCCUGCUUCUGAAGUUCUUCACGGCUAUGGGCUAUGCGGAAGACGUGGUACUGAGGGUCCUAGCCCAGACCAGACCCAGAGAAGCUUCCCAGAUCCUGGACCUGGUGCAACAAGAGCAGAACCGGACCAGACUGGCCAUGAACGGCCUUGUGGAGCUAGCGCAUAGAGAGGUGGAGGAGAGGGGAAGAGAGGGGGAGGAGUGCGGAGGUGAAGAAGUGAGAGGAAAGAGAAGCGGUAUAGAUAAAAGAGUGGAGAUGGAGGGAGGCGUGGGAGAAGGGGUGAGGGCUAGAGAAGAGCAAAGAGAGGAGAAGGGAAGAGGGGGGGAGAGUGCAGGAUUGUCUGAAGAGGUAGACAGAGGGAGAGGUGAGGGGGGCAGGGAGAGCGAUGAAGGGAACAGUAAGGGAGGAGAGGUGGGGAACGAGGAGGAUUUUGUACUGGGGGUGCUGAAGAGGGCUGCGGCCAACUGUGGGUACACAGAGGAGAAGGUAACAGAAGUAUACAGUACGUUACCUGAACUGUCCAUACGUCAGCUACUCCUGGAGCUACAGAGAGAAGGCACCAGAGAGACAGAAGCCAAAUCCCAGGACAGGGUACGUGACGAACCAAGAGAGGUGAAUGAGGUUGACUCAGAGGUACGGAAAAAGAAGUGCAGAAAAGAGGAAACGGAGAAGGAGAGGGGUAAAGAGAGGAAGGCACCGGCACAAACAUUCACAACUACUGAAAACAGAGGAGUAGAAAGGAAGAAUGCCAAAGGUGAAAGGAAGACGGAUGAGGUAGAAGGAGUGAAAGUGCCAAACCGAACCGUUGAUGGCCCAGUUAGGGUUGAACCGGAUCUGGCUCAGUGGAAUGCUGUGAUGAACCAGGUUCCGUUCCCGACCCAUGGUCUCCAGAAGAACCCCACACAGACACGACAGCAGCCCGCCCAGACACACACCCCCCGUCGAGCCAGCCCCCCUUUAGUCAGAGGGCCUCCCCAGCCCACCUACCCCAUCACACUACCUCCACAACCCACCAACCUUCCCUUAUUUCCCCAUCAACUUGUUUACCCUCUCACCCAGCCACACCAGACCACCUUAGACUCCGCCCUCACCGUGAAUAACUCCUCAGCAACCAGAGUGAAGGAGAAACGGGGUUUCCUUACCCUAGCAACAGAGGUUCCAGAAAGAAAGGGUCUCCCUGCCCCGGCUGUUGAAAGAUGGGGUCUCCCGCCCAUGGCAGCAGGGUCUUUAGUGACGGGGCAGCAGCGCUUCCUGGAAGGACUACAGACGCCCUUUGACCUCAAGCUGACUGACCAACCAGGAGACCCAGGGCUCAGGAGGGUGGUCAUCGACGGGAGCAAUGUUGCCAUGAGUCACGGUCUGGGUCAUUUCUUCUCGUGUCGAGGAAUCGCCCUGGCCGUGCAACACUUCUGGAACCGCGGCCACCGCAGAGUCAGCACCUUCCUGCCCCAGUGGAGGCAGAAGAGAGACUCCCGGGUCAAAGAGCAGCACUACCUUACUGACCUUCAGAACCUGGGUCUGCUCGCCUACACCCCCUCCAGAGAGAUCGAGGGGAAGAGGAUCAACUCAUACGAUGACAGGUUCAUGCUGCAGCUGGCCCAGGAGACGGAUGGAGUGAUCGUGACAAACGACAACUUUAGAGACCUGCUGAAUGAGUCCCAUAAAUUUAGGGACAUCAUCAAGAAAAGUCUCCUCCAGUACACGUUUGUAGGGGAUCACUUCAUGGUGCCUGAUGACCCGCUGGGCCGAGAAGGACCCCAUCUGGAUGACUUCCUACGCUCACUGCACAGGACUCCUGUCCCAGGCAGUCACUCAUUUGCGGGCAUUGCCUCCACCCCCUUCCCCCAAGCUCCCAGGGCCCAGACAGAGGUCCUGAAGUCCAGCCAGGCCCGUGGCAGAGGGAAAAGGAAGGGGCAGGCUAAGGCUGGACACGGUAGCCCUGGAAUGGACCUUGUUCCGGGGAUGGGCCUUGGCCUGGAUAUGGAGAGGAGUGCAGCAGAGACCUCCAGACUUAGGGAGAGCUUAUCCCAGGUGUUCCCAGGACAAGACAGCAUUGUUACUCUGGUGCUGCAGUGUAACCCUACAGUGACUGACAUCAAUUCACUGUCAGACUUUAUGCUGCAGCAAUAGAUGGAGAGUGAGCAGGGGGGUGUAGACUGAGUAAUGGGGGGAGGAUGUGUGUGAGUGUGUGUGUGUGUGUGUGUGUGUGUGUGUGUGUGUGUGUGUGUGUGUGUGUGUGUGUGUGUGUGUGUGUGUUUGAGGUGGUAUUCCAGAAAAAUAAGACUACUAUUCGAAUACCAAUAACUUUCACUUUCUUUCUUCCUUUCUAUUCAGUCGAGUCCAUCGUGUGUAUAUUAAUGUAUAUUAUUUAAGUGUUUGAAUGAUAGGUUUAGUUAAAAGUCAGACAGAUCUUCAAAUUAUGUUUCUUAAUAGAUUUUUAUCCAAUUAAUGUUGGAAACAGGAUUUAAAUACUGCAACACAAUUUUUAAAACGUAUUUCUUACCCUUACAUUUUUAUUUUAUUUAUUGUAACACUUCUGGCCACUGUUGGAUUUAGUGUUAGGGAUGAGUAGUGUUGCUGAAUUCAGUGUACAAUGUUAUCUAUUAAACAUGACAUUACAGCAUGAAAUUAAUAAGUUGAUGAUGCUCAACUUCCAAUUAAUAAUUUCAAACUCAGAGGUGUCGUACUUCAAUAGUAUAACUUUGUUAAUGUUAUUGCAUGAACUGUAGUUUAAAGAGUAAGACAAUGAUUAGUUUAUUUUUAUACUGUAUAUUCAUACUAUAAAUGCAGUUUGAAAUAGGAAUAAUAUUAUUGUAAGAAGAGUUAGAAAAUGCAUGUAAACCAUAGUAAGAAUGAACAAAUUGAACAAUCAUUAAUUGGUAAUAUUGAAAAAAUAUCAUAAUCAAAUCUCAUUAAUCAAUCAAUGAAUUAACCAAUUACACAUGUUCUCCUUGUGGAGACUGUUACAUUGAAUGUAACCCACAGAAUGUAAAUUCAAACACACGUUUGUCAUGUUAAGACAGUUGUUUACACUUAGAAAUAACAAGAAAAGUAAAUACAUUGAAUCAAAAACAUGGAAGGUGUCCUGCAGGGUUUGAUUCUGGGUCCUGUACUUUUUACUGUUUACAUUAACAAAAUCGACUUGUCUGUAAAAAAUUGUAACCUGCACUUGUAUGCCUAAAGUACUGUUGUUUAUGCUAUCGUUGACCAAACACGGUUGACCAAGCUCUGUCUGAACUACAUUGUAUUACAGAAACACUUUAUUGACCUGAAAUUAGUAUUGAAUACAGGUAAAAGUAUAUGUAGUUCUCGAGAGCGCAUAAACAUAACUCUGUGUUAAGCAUAUGUACUAUGGAUGGUGUCAAUAUUGAUCGUGUCCCUGCUUACAAAUAUCUGUAUAGAUGAAAAGCUUUCUUUUAAAAAGCAUAUUCAUGAGUUAGUUAAGAAGCUGAGAAUAAAAAUGGGUUUCUUCUAUAGAAAUAGGUCCUGUCUCUCGCUAAAUAGUAGAAAGCAGAUUAUUCAGUCAACAUUCCUAUAGGUCCUAGACGACGGCGACAUCAUCUAUAUGAAAGCAGCUGCUACUUCAUUAAAGCCGUUAGAUGCAGUUUAUCAUAGCUCAUUGCGCUUUGUUUACGUGCAACAAUUUUAAUGCUCAUCACUGCAUUCUCUACCAGAAAGUUGGUUGGCCCUUGUUGAUGUCAUGUAGGUUGAUACAUUGCUAUAUUUUCAUUUAUAAAAGCACUUUUACAAAAAGUCCCACUUUACCUAACGUCAUUACUAAACUUUAGACAUACGAGUUACCACACCUGGUCUUAGGGAUGGCUAACUCUGGAAAUUCCUUUGGUGUCUACUGAGUUAGGUAAAUCAGCUUUUAGUUUUCAUGUACCUUAUUUGUGGAACGAUCUUCAAAAUGUUCUUAAAUUUGUUGUUUUGGUGCCUCUGUGGCAAUUCAGAAAGCUGAUUUUAGGACCUUAUUACUGAUGAAUGUGUUAUUUUUUUAUGGCCGUGUAUUUUCUUUCUUUCUGCUUGCAUUUUGUAUUUAUAUUAAUGUGUGUAUUUUCUGUAAUUUAUGUAAUUCAGGGCUCAUCUGUAAAAGAGACCUUGGACCCCUGGAUAAAAUAAAGGUUAAAUAAAUAAAUUAAUGGUGAAACAUUGA